AUGGGUAAAAAAGGUAAAAAGGAGAAGAAGCCCAAAGAUGAUCCGAAUAAAUUGACGCAGGUCGACCGCACCUUCUAUGAGCUGACCAUAACGGAUUUGAAUCAAAAGUUGGCCCGGCUACGCAGUCAUUUGGUAACCUUAGAUGAGAAUAAUGUCAACCUCAAGGAGCAGCUAAAAAAUAUAACCGAAGAGAGGACGGAUGUGGCAGCCCAUUUGGAAAGGACCUUGGCGGAACGUGAUGAUACCAUAACGGAGCUGGAGGAACGUUUGGUGGAGAUCACCAAGGUGAGGAAUAAAGAAAAAUCCGAGGCUGCAGAACAAAUCCGAGAUCUCGAGGCAAAAUAUAAGGCCAUGCAUGACCAGCUGACAUCGGAAAUAAAAUUACUGAACGGCAAAUUAAAUUCCCUUGACGAAUUUCGGAUCCAAAGGGAUGUGCUAAUGGCAAAAUUUGAUGAUCAGGAGGCAGAGGCCAAGGAAAGGGAGAGAUUGCAUCAGGAAUUGAUUUACAGCAUGGAACAAAAAGCCGUGGUAGAAAAGGAUGCCCUGAAGAGAGAGGUGGAAGCCAAGCUCUUGCAGGUUUCCGAAGAUUUUACCCGCUCCAGUGAGAUACGCAAUGCGGGCUAUACCCGACGUCUGAUACGUGAAAAUAUUGCCCUGCAAAAGGAAAUCGAUUCCCUGGUUCUAAGUCAGAUUCGAAUGCAGCAGGAAUUCAAUGACACGAUGGCAAAGCAUAAAGAAAUGACGGAACAAUUCACCGCGCUGGAGCAACUCAAAAAUGAGCUGAUCCGCAGUAAUCAAAAUAAAAUAAAAAUUAUCGAAAAGCUAACCUCGAACUAUGAGCGCCUGAAGGCGAAACAUGUGGAGCUGUUGAAAUAUCGUAACCUUUAUGAAAAUCUGGCAAAGCGGGAUGUCUGUGAGAGGUUUACCAUCAAUGAUAUGUCGAAGAAAAUGAAAAUUAUGAGUCAGCGGAUUGAGAGCUUGAAAAUGGAGAAGCAAAGGCUACAUGCCCAGCAUGAGCGGUAUGAGGAGGAGAUUAAAAGGCUAAAGGGGGUUCAGCAGCAGAUACGCAAUGCCAUACAACAGGCCAUAACGAGUAUGACAGGACAAUCCAGGACUACAGAUCACGACCUCAAGGCGGCGGAUCAGGAGGAGGAUGGUGGUAGCAUGGUGGCCAUCAAGAAGUUGCAACGUCAAGAUUUACUACACGAACUUCUCGAAAUUAUCAGCAGUCAAACGGAGGAUCCUCAAUCUCAAGAUAACACCCCUGGCACCCCCUCCUCCCACACAGACUCACAAUCGAAACCCUCCAUCUAUCGCCCUGGGAAAAUGGGUUUUAUGACCCGCUCCACUUCGUCACUUAUGGAAAUAUUCAAGCGCGAUGUUCACCGUCUGGUAUCCGCUGAAAUCAUUGCCACAGCAUAUCAAACGAAAAAGGAGGAAGGGAAAAUUAUACCCAAGGAAAGGGUCAGCGAGGCAGGAUCCAUAAUUGAUGUACAAAUGGGUUCGACGCUUUAUGUCUCGGAGUCACAUGAUGAAAUGGAUGUGGUAGCAGAGGCUGAUGAAGAACCUGAGGAUAUGGGUGAGGAGGUAAGCAGCAGCAGUGAAUAUGGCCCAGAGGCAGGGCAAGAGCAAAGGAAAUCUACCAGAGAAUCGUUGAUGAUGGCUUCGCCUCGAGAUUCAGAUAAGGAGGCAGGCACCUCAGCCGGAGGAGGCGGGGGAGUGAUGCCAUCCACUUCUGAGUCAUUGUCACGUGGUUCCCGGGUAUCAAGGAUGUCAAGGCAAAAGAGCCUGCCUCAGGCCGAUGAUGAGGCCUACUCUAUAAAUUUAUUUUAUUAA